AUGUCAACUUCGCGCUCAGAAUCUCAGAAUGCUUCUCCAUAUCGCCGAAAGCGGUCCAACACUGUUCAGUCCUUGCUACGCUCACCAGUCCUAGAACCUCUCGCUAUCGGAAGUUCUACGGAACUCUCCCUCUGGGUACUCGAUACAAAGGCAUCAUCCGCGGAUGUUAUCUUCAAUCCGGAAUUCUGGCCUGGUAUUGGGGAGGGAGAUUACGUUAAAGUAACUACAGUGAACGAGGAUGAUGAUGGUCAUCGUAGUGAUUGGGAAAAGGACGGGUUUCUCUUCAUGGUCAAGCGACCUACGGAAGAAACACGUUCUUUGAAUACCCCACAAAUUUCUGUGUCGAAGGCUAUUGCGGAUGCCUUCGGAAUGAGGAAUCAUGCCACUGUUAGACUGACCAAGGUCGAUAGCUCAAAGAUGCAUGCGGAAUAUAUUGAGAUAAUAUUCCAAGACCAAUACUUGGGCCGCUCUGAUAUGUGGAGACUUGGAAAACAGCUACAAGACCGAUGCGUACACCGAGGCCAAGAGAUCUACUUUGUCGGAUCACCUACAGGGAAGAUUCAAAACGUUUAUAUCAAUGGCAGAAAGGUCUCAACCGGACUAAUCACUUCAACGACCAAAUGCAUCUAUCGAUCGUUGUCAGCAAAAGUCACCAUAUUCAUUCAGGUCUGUCGUGAACUCUGGGAGUUUGCCGGAGAUGGAGAACGUUACACGGAGAAAAUUGUACAUUGUUUCUUGCCUGAGCUAUUUCGUCGGUGGUGUGAAGCAGACACCAAUCACAUUGUGACAAUAGUGUUGAUCUCGAGAGUUUACUAUCUUGACUCUGAGAUUGACUAUGCGGCUGGGCCUCUUCGGCAGGAUGACGAGGGCAGAUGGUACAAGGACUUCUUCAAAGUCAUCACAGAUCUAGAGAUUUUGCAGGAGUGGAAACCAACGCUUGUCAGUCUGAAGGAGUCAUUUGUGGCAUUCCAGCGCGAUAUCCUUCUAACGCACCACUACCACCGAGCAUCCCUUGGCGCUCGAUAUGGUUCAGAUGUAGUUAAUCCGUCGGAAGUAAAGCUAGUUGGACGUAUAUCUUUCGCUCACGAGGGUCCGAUCCUUGAGGCGCUGAACCUUGCUCUUAACCCCAUGGAAACGCACUACGUUGACCGCUCUCUUUCACUUACCGGCGCCGCUAUUAUCUUGAUCACUCCUGGAACAGGUUAUUUCAAAGUAUCAAAAAGACUGCUCCGCAUGACCACGAGUCGAUUACUAGAACAAGGAGUUGGUUUGGACAUAGUUUCUCUCACCAAGCAUCCAUUACAUCAAACACCAAUCUUCUCAUUUAAAGGGUAUGAGCCGGAACCCCGCCCAGAGAUGUCUAGAAGUGGGUGGAGGAGCAGUGAUCCGCUUUGGGGAGGCGAUGACGAAACGGCUGAAGCCGCCGGGCGCGAGAAGUCAACCUUCUGGUGGGAGCCCUUCUGGGUCACGAUGUCUUUCUGGGACCAGCAGAUGGACCAGCCCUUCCGGCAGGACAGGUUCGUGGCCCGCGCAAGAAUGCAUCAGAUCGAAAUGCUCGGACUUCUCGAGCAUGAUGUCCUUGCGAGCAUCCAAGUACCCUUCCUUCCCGACUGCCUGGCCCCUGCGCAGCCUCCGGCGGAUGCAAAUGCCGAAGAAUACCAUGAGGCAUUCAAACUUGAGGCUGAAAGAUUUGACCUAGAGCGACUUGCACUGCGGAAGAACCUUCCGGUGCAUCUGGGAAAAGACUCUGCUCCAUCUUCAGGGGCUACGGUCAUUAUGGAUUCAUCCUCAUAUCGGUCGCAUCCAUACGAUAAACGUCCUUCCUAUGUUCUUCAGCGUACCUCAACUAUAAACCCAAGAAUAACUCCAAUAGAAGAGAGCCCGCGCAGGAUAUUCCUGGAGCUCCCCCCUGAAGGCGAUGAGAAGGAUGCAAUGGCGACAACAACAGUACUAAGCAGCUCGCCGUCAUCUUCCAUCCGGACUAGUAAAUCCGAGGAAUCCUCUCAAACAGAAGAUAACGUGAAGGGUGCCACAAUAAGGGAAUCAUUUGGCGCGAAGCUUACGUCGUCUUGGCUGUUUAACCCAUUGCGGAACUUGACGUCUCGUCAAACACAGUCUAGUAAUGAUACGAAUACAGACAUGUCGCAGGUUACUCCAGUUUCUGGUCCAUCGCUCUCACGAGAGCGUGUGCAACCGGGGCGCCCUUCGACGUCUACGGCAGUCUCUCUGCCUCAAGCCCGUACGCCUCGACCAAUGGCCAUUCGCAACACACCCACGAGACGUCCUGUGCUCAGUCAGCAAUCUGAGGAAGAUUUAUCCACCUCCUCUCGGAGCAACACUUUCGUUCCCCCGAUGCGUGCUUCGCCAAGAUCAAGGGACGAUACAAUCUACAUUCAGCGUCGGUCAACGAUUUCUUCGCUGAAUAUGCCCUUAACCACGUCUUCACCUAAUGUUAGGACAAACCCUUUACGCGUCACCGCCGCGAUGCCAUAUGCUCAGACGUCCCUUGCUUCCCGCUGGCAGCACAUGUUCCCUCAACCUCUGUACAAGCACCAAAUUAAGUGGGGGUCAAUGGUCACACCGGGUUGUCUUCCAUUGACCACCGAAUAUUUCCCUUCCAAAUCGGAGUUGGAGACUUCAUACGAUGUCUUUUCGUAUGACUUCGUUAUUGAUCCCCCGGAAAUGAAGUCGUUCCUGGUGAAGAGACCAACAAUAGGGAGGGAGUCUGUAGAUGAGGCCCGGAGGGCAUAUGCGCUUGUCGUAAUGAGAGGAAUGGCUGCCCUUCGUCUUGUGCAAGGAUUCCAAUUCAUUGUCCGCCCCAAAGUCUCCGACAAAGAGAGCAAGAAACGGGAGCAUGAUAUGAGAUAUUUUUCCCUCGAUGAUGAUCGUACGCCAAAGCCAGCGGGGGCGUCUCAGAUUUUCCAGGAAGGCAUAGAUCCUGUCUUUCUCAGUAUGAGCAACGAGAUCCAUCGCAUCUCAUACAAUGGUGAGGCGAUCCAAGUACGUAGAUACGUGCGACGUAUGCCAUUGUCGCGUUCCUUCGACUACAAGUGCUUGGUGUGGCCUAAGGAUGGUGUCGGCUACACGGAGCUCUCGACAACAUUUGGGGCUCAUGGGUUGGAGAGCUACGGUUGGAACCGACUCGACAUGCUGAUUGCGGGCUAUGAACAUCAGUUCAGCGAGUCCCUGCGUUAUUGGCGGACACGCUUCAUCGUCAUCCCGACACUUGAGGCCCCUCAGCCAACACUUGGGGCAUCUGGUGAGAAGCUCAAUGACGAGGAGACUCGGCUACUCGGCUCGGACAAACUCGCAGAGCUGUGGUCGAAGUUACGCUGGAUCCUCCCUGCAGAACGCGACAAGAACGCCGUUUACCCUCCCUUACGCUUCCUGCCCACCUAUCUCAGCCCAACUGCAAGCAUCGAUGAUGAGCAUCUUGUGUCACAGCUCGAGGACAUAAUGGCUUCAGGGCCGUUACAAAAGAAAAUGAAAAGUGAACGUGAGAUCGCUGAGAUGAGCCUUGCGUCCAUCGCGAAACUUAUGCGUGAGGAUCGUGGUCUCUCCAUCAAGGACCACAGGUGGCAUAACUCACUAUACGAGGAUUCAUUUACGGGUUAUGAUUUCGUUAGUUGGUUAUGUAGGGAGUUUAGGGAUGUAUCUACGAGAGAACAGGCACAGGAAUGGGGGAUGAAGUUACUCGAGCAAGGUUUGUUUGAGCAUUGUCGAGGAAAGCAUGGAUUCCUGGAUGGACACUAUUUCUAUCGGCUCAGGAGUGAAUAUGCCAUCCCCCGGACACCGAAAUCAGCAAGGGGCUGGAGCUUCCGUUCGGUAGCACGACAUGUAUCGGGUGAAGAGAGAGAUGGACGACCUAUAGGUUAUUAUCCGGGUGGACCGAAGGGUGGGCUCACAAGCAAGAAGAAUCGCAAGCGACUUGUGCUCAGCCAGACAAUGGUAGUGGAUAUUGAUCCCAGUAAAAAAAGCGACCAGGCGGAAAGUCUGAUCUUACACUACGACCUUAUUCACAACCCUGCAAACGUCUUUCACUUCGAACUUCACUGGCUUGGGACAACUGCACGUUUAAUCGAAGAGCAAUUGCGUGCAUGGAGUGCAAAGAUCGAACGCUACGGGCUCAAGCUCGUAGAGGCGUACGUCACCCAGAUCUCUGAUAUCCGGGAGCGUAACGCAUUCCAAAGCUGCUUCCCCCUACGUCUUGCACUUCCACCACCGGUCGUACCCGACAUAGAGAAACGUCUUCGUGGACCAGGAACAGAAUGCUCUACGCCUGCUCAAUAUUACUUCGAGUAUGCCCUGCUAAGACACUUCCACUUCAUUCUCGACAUCGAAGCGACGGACUUAUACCCGCACAACGUCGAUGUGUUCUAUUCAUAUCGAAGGGGCGCUUUCACACAUUCACAGUUCGUACAUCGUACUGGUGUUGCCUUCGUACAAGUGCUCGGUGGGGCAGAGGGAUUUUUGUUCCUUAUUAACCGACUUAUGGGACCUGGACGGAUGGGUGCGAGUAUGAAGAGUCGAGGGAUACAACCUGCUGAUGCAGCUGAAGAGCUUAGAUUGCAGAUGAUUGAGUUUUGUUCUGAUAAAGCGACGUUGUCGGUUUUCUAUGACAAGGUUUUGGCCAACCUGCCUAGUGUUCCAGAGGAACCUCCUCCGUUGUCGAUUUGAUGCGUUCCCUCUUGCCUUGCUGCUAGUUGUCUUGCUUGCAUACCCUUCCCAAUUGUAUUAC